AUGUCCAGCCCUCAAAGAAAUGUUAGUACCCCACUGGAGCUACAUGAGCUUAAUCUUGUAGCUAAACAAAAUGUUCCGCCAUUGCCAGCUAGAAACAAAUCAGGACAGUCACAACAACAGCAAGAAAAUCAAGGAAAUAGAUCUCCAUUAUCACGUCAAAUUGGCGGUUUCAAUGAAAAAUUACCUCCUGUUACUCCAAAGAAGAAUUUAAUCGCACCUGUUACACCUGUUAAGAAGCCUAUGAUAGAGGAAAGACAAGAGGAUGAGAAUAGUAUUAUUUACAAAUUGGCAUCAAAGAAAAGAGAAAUAAAUGAAUUAGAAGAAAAAUUGAAAUUUUUAAACAUGGAACUCCAUGAAUUAGAAGUAGAGUUCCGUAAGUCACAACCUCAGAUGGCUCAAUCUCAGAUGAGUCAAAGACAAACUCAGUUUCAAGAAACAUUUGAUGGACUAAAGACAAGAUUAAACAACACUAUUAAUUCUUUCACGGCUCCAAAUACAACAGAGGGUGAUGAACCUGCUCAGAGGGAUAUCCGUAAUAAUGGAACCGCCAAUUCAAGCCAAACUAAUAGAUUUUUCAAAGGAUUAAUGGACAAAUUUAAUGAAUUUAACGUAAACGAGGAUGAAUUCGACACAAAAACCAAAAGAGAUGAGGUAAAUAAUGAAUAUUAUUUAAAGCAAGGAUAUGAUCUUGACGAUGAGGAAAUUGAAAAGGAUGCUCAUGAUGAGGCGAGAUUUUUAAAUAAUAUUGAUGAUUCGACGAUAAAUUCUAUUAGAAGGUGA